AUGGAUUCUUCGAGUAAGGAUCGCAAUUGUGACGUGAAAACAAAUGAAGAGGACCUUAGUAAUACUCCUGGAAAAGUGAGUUCAAAAACUGACUCACAGUCCACAGAAGAAGCGCUUGAUUCCGAAGCUGCAGAGUUCUCUGUUCAAAAUGAGCUGCAAGAAGAUUCUCACAUGACUGAAGCUCCCCCUGAAGAGACUAAGGAGGUCGGUAUCUACUUUCGCCCUCGUUCGGAAUCUCCAGACUUAUGUCGAUCCGGGGCUCGUGUCUGUGCUUUAAAAGCACAGUAUGAAGGCCCAUCAGACGAGCAACAACAUCAUGAUACUGCUCCCGCUAGUCCAAUGCACCGAUUCGAUUUCGCCUACGAAAUCGAAGAUUCUCGCGAUGAAGUUCGCAGUGAAAGUGGUGGUGUGCGAUCACGUGGACGUGGUACCCGUGGACGAGGAAGAGGUGGCAUCAGGCCUUGUAGUGGAAGUGCCACCCCUCUCAACAACAGUUCGCUUGCGAAUCCCGAGAAGAAGCGGGCAGGGUUGGUAUUACAGAUCUCCGUUGAAUGGAAAGCUUAA